CUUUAGGCCUUUACGAGACUCGCCACUGUCCCCCGAGAGAUCGAAGUCGAAAGCUCUCUCUCUCUCUCUCUCUCUCUCUCCUCCGUCCUCUCCUCUCUCUCUCUCUCAGUCUCUCUUCUCGUCUCCGUCGCCUCGCCUAGGGUUCGCUCGACGACUCCCUCUUUCGCUCCUUCGCCAUGGACAAGGGCGACGUCGCCGUGGCCGUGCCCCCCUCCGCCGCCGGGGCCUCCUCCUCCGGGGGAAGCAAGGGCAAGCGCUUCGAGAUUAAGAAGUGGAACGCCGUCUCCCUCUGGGCCUGGGACAUCGUCGUGGACAACUGCGCCAUCUGCCGCAACCACAUCAUGGACCUCUGCAUCGAGUGCCAAGCGAACCAGGCGAGCGCCACCAGCGAGGAGUGCACCGUCGCUUGGGGAGUUUGCAACCAUGCAUUCCACUUCCACUGCAUCAGCCGUUGGCUCAAGACCCGUCAAGUGUGCCCUCUAGACAACAGCGAGUGGGAGUUCCAGAAGUAUGGUCACUAGACAGUUCUCUUCGUGGAGCAAAGCGGCUUCAAGUUUCUCGUACCUAGACAGUUCUCUUCGGGGAGCAAGGCGGCUUCAAGUUUCUCGUACCUAAGUAUUAGCGCUAGUGAUAACUAAUGGAUAACAAUGAAUUGUUGAUGUUUCAGAAGCUUGUAUUUCGGUAGAAGCCGUAUCAUGCUGGUGGUGACUCUAGGGUACUGUUCAGCGAAUCUCCACUCUAGUUAUUUCUGCUGAAAUGAAGCAGCAUUUGGCAUUUCCAGCGUUGAAA